AAAACUACUGGCAAGAUGAUGGACCAAAUGUGUCUUCCUCUGCUUUCUCUUUCAGGACUCCUGUCACUAACUCUGUGUAAACCACACGAGUAUGUUCUGAUCCGAGAGUUAAUGCCGUGGGGAAAAGCUCAAAAUUACUGCAGGGAAAACCACAUCGACCUGGCCACAGUUCAGAGCGUUGAAGACUGGACCACUCUGCAAGAAGUCGCGGAUGAAGAAAAGUAUCGUUCAUUUUCCUGGAUUGGACUCUACAAUGACAUCAACAGCUGGCGUUGGUCUUAUCAAGAGGAGAGUGUAGUGUUUCAGUCCUGGUUUUCUGGCCAGCCGGAUAACUACGGUGCGGGAGAGGAGUGUGUCACAAUGUAUUACACUGGAUACUGGAGGGAUUUCAACUGUGAUGAAACAAGAUAUUUUGUGUGUAGCGAUGGUGUGUUGUGCAAUCAGUCCCAGGUAAAAGGCAUUAUGGGAAUUGGAGUUCGGUGA